UACCCCUAUUGUAGAUCCGGCCUAAAGGCAAGUAAAGGUCGCUUUGCUGAUCUUUACAACACCGCUUUGUUGUAAUAUAUUUUUAUAUUACAUAGUUUAAUAUAUUUACACUGCAAUCGUAACUUUUUCGCUCUCUCGCACGAAUUUUUCAUUUGAUAUUAUUCUUUAUAUUACCACAUCGCCACUAUUGUUAUCUGUUGUUGACGACAUGAAUACCAGAUUCACAGGAAUAGAAUUGGGACCUCCUAUCGAGGUUUUUGCACUGCAAAAAGCAUUUGUUGAUGAUAUUUACGAAAAUAAAGUUAAUCUUACUAUAGGAGCUUAUCGUACUAAUGAAGGUAAACCAUGGGUUUUGCCAGUUGUGAAAAAGGUGGAAAAGUUACUUGCUGCUGACGAUUUACAAAACCAUGAAUAUUUACCAGUUCUUGGCUUGGAAGCAUUUAGUGAAGCUGCUACGAGUAUGUUAUUAGGUGCAAAUUCUCCUACUAUCGCCCAAGGACGUGCUUUUGGUAUUCAGUCGCUUUCUGGUACUGGGGCAUUGCGCGUUGCCGCUGAAUUUUUGAAUCGUGUUCUUCAUUACAAUACCUUUUAUUACAGUAAACCUUCCUGGGAUUAUGUACUGGCAGAAAAUCACAAACUGGUAUUUAAUAAUGGUGGAUUUAAAAAUGCCCGCGAGUACGUAUAUUGGGACGAAAAGACUCGCAAUAUCGAUUUAGAAGGAAUGCUUCGUGAUUUACGAGAUGCCCCAGAAAAUGCUGUAAUCAUUCUGCAUGCGUGUGCACAUAAUCCCACUGGAUGCGAUCCAACUCCAAAGCAAUGGACUCAAAUAGCUGAUGUAAUACAGGAAAAAAAGCUUUUUCCAUUAUUUGACAGUGCUUAUCAGGGAUUUGCAAGUGGAGAUUUGGAUAAAGAUGCAUAUGCUGUUCGAAUGUUUGCUGAACGUGAAAUCGAAUUCAUCUGUACACAAAGUUUUGCGAAAAACUUUGGAUUAUACAAUGAAAGAGUUGGCAACUUAGUUUUUGUGUUGAACGAUACGAAGGAGGUGGUUCAAGCUAAGUCACAAUUAACUUUAAUUAUCCGAGGAAUGUACAGUAAUCCUCCUAAUCAUGGUGCUCGAAUUGUUGCAACUGUACUGAGGAAUCCAGAGCUCUUUGAGGAAUGGAAAGAUCAUAUUAAAAUAAUGUCUAGUAGAAUCAAACAAAUGAGAAUAGGUUUACAUCAGAGACUGUUAAAAUUAGGUACCCCAGGUAUUUGGGAUCAUAUUAUUCAGCAAAUUGGGUUGUUCUCGUAUACAGGACUUACCGAGAAACAAGUGCAACAUCUAAAAGAUCAUUAUCAUAUUUUUAUGUUACGUAGCGGGCGUAUAAAUAUGUGUGGACUCAAUGAAAAUAAUUUGGAUUAUGUAGCAAAUGCGAUUAAUGAAACGAUAACGUUAUUCCCAGAAGCGCAGAAUGACUUAAUUGUGGCAGAAGGUGGAUAACGCCUAGCCACCACGCAACCUCAGGAGUAAGAACCGAAAUAUAUUAUAAGAAAGCGGAGAUAUACAAUGUUGCCACCAGAGGACUACAAUUCUCCGGAGUAAAAUUACAACUCCCAGAAGAUAUAAGGAGUGAAUAGAGAGUGUCAACUCACUCAUUGCGCCCUAGUAGACGAGUCUACUUUUUCGUUAACAGAACGACAGUUCUACUAGAUUGCAGGCAAACUGGCGACCAAUAACGGUACGUGGCGACUUCCGUUAAUUCCAUCUGGCAUAGUUUCACUGACGCGACCGCCGAAUGUUUCUGGCCGCCGACGAUCUACGGGUGUGCAGGUACACUUCCCCGAGAUACCAUCUCCCGGACCUCCUGGAGGCCUUAGCCAAAGAAACCGAGACGACCGGUACUCAGACCGAAGGCAUGGCGAGCGUAACGGAUGAAAGCACCCAGACGGAAGAGACUACGAACCAGAAGGAGGCCGCAACGCAGACCUUUGAGGCAUCGCCAGGACCUUCAGGGAUUUCACUACCGGCCACAGAUAGCAGCCUUGGCGAACCUCCAUGCACGGGUAGAGAAGAGCCUCGCAGUUCUAGGAAGCAGAAACACCGGCACGGAAAGGAAAGGAAUCGACGGCACAAAAGGAAGCUAAGGACAAGGAAUCUUCCGGGCACCAGGACCCGAAGAUAACUUCCAAUUUAUCACUCGACGUCAACAACUUGGCCAGCUACCGAGUGAUAAAGACGGCGCCCGCACUGACGUGGAAGCCUAAGACUUAGGCGUACAUUUUUCCGGCUUCCUUUUCGGGGGCCACCUAAACCAAGCUAAAAGGAUAUUCAUGUACAUAGUGUAUAUAGAACAGAAUAAAGGAAAACCCUCAGGUUA